UUUCCUACCUUGUUUCCGGUUUCAUCUUCGCUCUUUCCGUUCAAUCCUUACACACAGUCACACACGCACACAGAUAUACAUACACACGCAGUUGUAGAGAGGGAGUGUAUAGCUGAAGGUUGGAUCUAGAUCUUCGAUUCAACAAUCAAUCUUGCGCUGUGGUGAUUGGAUAGAUAAAAGAUGGCGGUUGUUGGGAGAAGGCCUCACGCGAUUCGGAUGUGCGUUUGCGUCACGCUCCUUCUGCUCGUCACCGUCGCUCACUCCUUCUACCUUCCCGGUGUCGCUCCCCAGGAUUUCUUCAAGGGGGAUCUACUGAAGGUGAAAGUGAACAAACUGACCUCAAUAAAAACACAGCUUCCAUAUUCCUAUUAUUCCCUACCUUACUGUAAACCUGAGAAAAUUGUGGACAGUGCUGAAAACCUUGGAGAAGUUCUUCGGGGUGAUCGCAUUGAGAACUCUCCCUAUGUGUUUAAGAUGCGAGAGCCACAGAUGUGCAAUAUUGUCUGCCAUAUGACACUGAACGCCAAAGAUGCAAAGGAAUUCAAAGAGAAGAUCGAUGAUGAAUAUCGAGUGAACAUGAUUUUGGAUAAUCUCCCUCUUGUUAUGCCUUAUAAAACAGCUGAAAUGGUGUCCGUGGCUUAUCAGCAUGGUAUUGAUGUUGGUAGGAAAGGACAUUAUGCUGGGAGAUCGGAGGAGAAGUAUUUUAUCUACAAUCACUUGGCAUUUACUGUGAAGUACCACAAGGAUGAAGAAACUGCUGCUGCUAGAAUUGUGGGAUUUGAAGUCCAACCUUUCAGUGUAAAGCAUGAGCAUGAUGGUCAAUGGGAUGAUAAAACACGAUUAACAACGUGUGAUCCUCAUGCAAAACGAAGUGUAACCGACUCUAAUUCUCCUCAGGAGGUUGAAGAGAAUAAAGAAAUUGUUUUCACAUACGAUGUGGAGUUUCAGGAGAGUGAAAUCAAGUGGGCUUCUAGAUGGGAUACAUAUCUGUACAUGGCCGACGAUCAGAUCCAUUGGUUCUCGAUUGUGAAUUCUUUAAUGAUAGUCCUCUUCCUCUCGGGAAUGGUGGCCAUGAUUAUGCUCCGCACUCUCUACCGCGAUAUUUCCAAGUACAACCAAUUGGAAACACAGGAAGAAGCUCAAGAAGAAACCGGGUGGAAAUUAGUUCACGGCGAUGUUUUCAGGCCUCCAAUGAACUCCGAUUUGCUCUGCGUUUAUGUCGGAACAGGUGUUCAGUUCUUCGGAAUGAUAUUGGUCACAAUUAUCUUCGCAGCAUUAGGGUUCUUGUCCCCUUCUAACCGAGGAGGAUUAAUGACCGCCAUGCUUCUACUCUGGGUUUUCAUGGGACUUUUCGCUGGAUACGCUUCAGCCCGUCUUUACAAAAUGUUUAAAGGAACCGAAUGGAAGAAAAUGACUCUCAAGACAGCUUUAAUAUUCCCCGCAAUCCUCUUUGCUAUUUUCUUCGUCUUGAACGCACUUAUUUGGGGGGAGGAAUCCUCUGGGGCAGUCCCGUUUGGGACCAUGUUUGCGUUAGUAGUGCUGUGGUUCGGAAUUUCGGUACCGCUUGUAUUUGUGGGUAGUUAUGUAGGUUCGAAGAAACCAGCUAUUGAGCCUCCGGUGAAAACAAAUAAAAUCCCGAGGCAAAUACCCGAGCAGGCUUGGUACAUGAACCCUAUUUUCUCAAUCUUGAUUGGGGGCGUACUCCCCUUUGGAGCGGUGUUCAUCGAGCUGUUUUUCAUACUUUCGUCGAUCUGGCUGCACCAGUUCUAUUACAUCUUCGGUUUCCUCUUCGUCGUGUUCCUUAUCUUGAUUGUGACAUGUGCUGAAAUCACGGUCGUGCUUUGCUAUUUCCAGUUGUGCAGUGAGGAUUACUUGUGGUGGUGGAGGUCGUAUUUGACUUCUGGUUCGUCGGCGCUUUAUCUGUUCCUUUACGCGGCGUUCUACUUCUUCACGAGGCUGAAUAUCACGAAGCCGGUUUCUGGUGUUUUGUAUUUCGGGUAUAUGCUGAUUGGUUCGUAUGCUUUCUUUAUGCUGACUGGUACUAUUGGUUUCUACGCCUGUUUCUGGUUCACGAGGCUUAUCUACUCAUCGGUGAAGAUUGACUAAAAAAUGAAGUCGAAGACACAUAAAAACCUCGUCAAAAGUAAACUUAGUUUGAUGAUAUACUAGUUUGGCAUAUACUGUGUUUUCAUACUAGCCUUGGAUUAUAGUAAUUUUAUGUCUUAGUUCUCAUUUAUGGAGAGGAUAUUAGUGACAUUCUUCUACUCUUACAAGAAAAUUUGUAAGAGAGCCACAAAAGCUAAAUUACAUGUUAAACUUAUUUGUUUUCUAUUGUCGCGAGAUUUGAGAGGGUGCUCAUAAGUCAAGUUGAUGUCGAAAAUUUAUUUCAGUGUAGCGAUGCGAUGUUCGUAACUUUGCCAUAGUUCUCUGCCGCAUCCAUGCAAGAGUUGUUACUCUGUGUU